CUUGCGCGACACUCAGUGGGGAAAUUCCUUCACUAAAUAGGGCCUAGCCUCAAAUAAAUGAGUUUACUUUUUCUAUGCUUCAGUACACCAAUUCUAAGCAUGAAAGUAUAAAGAACGACAAUAUUAAAACUAAGAAUUCUAAAUAAUUCAUUGAUACAGACUAUGCAGUUUUAGAUAUCAUUCUCAUCAUAUCAUUGUUUAAAGAAAUUUUGGGUUCUAAGCUAUUUAAAUGCCAAGUCAGAAAACAAAAUGGAAGGUUUUGUGAUGAGUUCGAUUUUUCUCGUCGUUAUGAUCACCUUUUCUCCUCUUUGCAAGUCGUUACCUGUAUCGACACAGGCAUCAGGGGGUGUAGCUCCCACAGCCGCACCAUCUAAGACAGUUUUACAAACCGCCAUCGCCAAGUGGAAGGAAGAAAAAUGCGAAGUUCUGCCGAAAAAAGUGGAACUCGAUCAAGUAAAGUCGGCUAGUGACGUCACCACCAAUUACAAAUGGCUUCAGUAUUGCAACAUCUCAUCCUCAAAGACUCCUUCAUCACAGCUCUCAUUAUGUCUGGAAUUGAUAAAAGUUCUGUCAACGGACAUUUGUCAAGAUAGGGAUGUUGCGACACGAAAUCAGAUGACCGAAUUCCUCGCCACAACGACUCGGUUUCUUUUACUGCAAGAUAAAACAGAUAUUUGCGAACGUUUCGGAAAGUUAACCCAGAUUGGAAAAGUCAACGCUGACGUUUUGCAAAGAUUAAAAGACUUUGCCCCAAAACAUAAAGUCCUGGAGUCGCUGAUGCUGCCAUUUGAGUGCCCUUCUUACUGCAAGGAUGAGGCAGAAAAUGCUUGCAAAUUCUUCUACAUUUUGUCAGCAGUUUCAAUAGGAUUGCCUCUCCCAACAGCAAUACCAACAACAACUGUACCUGUUGCAAAGGAUUCGUUGAAUCCUGGGAGCAAAAAUGAACAAGGGAUGGCGGGGAAAGCUGGUGAAGGAGAAUCUAAGACCCCUGAUAGCGAUUUGACAACCAAUACAGAUGUUACCAAGACUGAUGAUAAUCCCCCAUUACAAACAAAUAGUGUGUUCUUGGAUGUGACAAAAACAGAAACAGAAAACUUGACAGUACCAAUAACUGCCUCUCAAGUAGGUGGGGCUACAUUGAACACUCUUGAUAGCAAGGGUUCUACUGGUAAAGAAAACCCUGUUGAGAUAGGAAGCAGUUCCAGUGGUACCAGCGAAACUUCCAAAGUGGCUGGAGACAUUGGCGUUGUUGCUUCAGUAUCCCCUCAGAAUACUAAUCCGACGUCUGUUACCGGAACAGGAGAUAAGACUGUUUCAGAGGGAAAGGAUGACACUGCUGUCCCACCACAGACAAAUGAAAAUGUACAUAUUUAUCCUAUAGAAGAUAAGAAACUGGACACAAAGGUAACAACCGCACCACCGAAACCUACAGAAGAUAAAAAACUGGACACAAAGGUAACAACCGCACCACUGAAAUCUAAAGAAGAUAAAAAACUGGACACCAAGGUAACAACCGCAGCACCAAAACCUACAGCCAGGCUGACCACUGCCAAACCGAAACAAGAUGGAGCUGCUGAAGGAGCGGAAACGAAAAAAGGUACAACUGCAAGUCCAGCGAAACUGACAACCAAGUCCAGUGUUGUGAAACAGAAGGAGGCCUCCCCUGCUGCUGGAAAGGAAACGGUCACACCAACUAAAAAAACAACAGCUGAGAGUGGCGUCCGUGACACUGAACUGCCUGGUCUCUUCCCAACGAAAGACUAUAGUUCAGAAUAUGGUGAUCUUGAUCCUGAUGGUGAGGAUGAGAGUUUUUAUAGUGAUGAUUAUCAGCAGCAACUCGCUUCAGAUGUUGACCCUUUUGAUGGUGAUGGAUUUUUAGAUACUCCCGAGAAAAGCGAAAGAGAUCCUUUUGCCCGUGAGCCCAUUCAGCCCAUUUAUGACGAAGGUAAGACCAACGUCCUUCCUGAAUCAAAUUUGGAUUCAAAUGGCCCAAAAACACCAAUAAAAGAGGACGUCAAGUCGAGUCAUUUCAUGGCGUAUUUCCUGACUAUUGUGGUGGUUUGCAUUGUGGGAUAUGUCCUCUUUCAUAAUAAACAAAAGAUCGUUGCGUUUAUUCUCGAGGGCCGAGGUAACCAACGGCGACGCCAAGCACAGUCUGGUAAUGUUGAGUACCGAAAAUUAUCAUCAAAUGUGGAUGAAGUCCUCCCUGCUGCUGAUAAAAAAGUGACGACACAGAACUAUAUCUAUUAGAAGAAGUGGACUUGCUUUUUGUGAUCACAUCAACACCUACAGGCUGUCCCAAAAAUUGAGAUGUCUGUUUUUUUAUCUCUGAAAGCAGUCAUGUAAGACGUAAACUGCCUUACACCUUGGCAUUAAGAUUUGUUUUUAAAAAACGGACGUCUCUAAAUUUUGGGCAGCCUUCUUGCUUCAUUUCAUAGCUGCUCACCUCCAUAGAUUAGGUUCAGAGUUCUGUAUUCUAGUCUCAUCAUUUGCGGGAUAGAACCUUCUGAAAAUUAGAUGUUAUUGCCAGUAGUGGAUGAAGGGUUACCCACUGCCAGAAAUUAGGUUGGCCUUUCAAUAUUACGAAAUGUAUCAGAGUGAAAAUGUUGCUCGGUCUAAAUUGAUUGUGUAUAAUUUCUAUCAUGGAACCUCCGAUCUGUAUUGAGCAAGAAGGUGCUCACUGAAAAGAAAUUGUGUGAUUGUACUGUAUUCAAGGUGUAAUUAUUCUGUGUAUAUCUUAUUGAUCUGUGUUGAAAAGGACAUAUCAGAUUUCCUCUGUUUGGUCUAUCCCUUUCAUCAACACCAACUGGGUGCUGGGUAGAAGAGAUGCUUAGAAAAUAUUAAAAACAAGGUCUGGGUUCUGUAAGCAGUCGGGCACGGAUCCUCAAUGGAUGCGUGGCUGAUCGAUAUAUUUCAUUAUGUUCUGCCCAUAUUGCAGGUGGAUCAGCUUGUUAAAGCGGACAUAUACUGCUUUACAGGUCAUUGUGAUUAUUUGGGAAUAGACUGUUAUCAUAUUUAUGCAACGGCUUUUUGUACUUAUCACUAUUUUCAUAAAAAGUUCUUUUUUACAUCUGUGUAUAUUAUAUCAUGUGGUUCACCAUGGUACUUAAUGCUGUCUGGUGGUCUUCUGUUAGUGUAACAAUAUCAGAGCGUUUAAAAUCUUGAAUAUGAGGGGACCUUUUCCGGACCACACACUGGUCCAGAUUGAUACUAUCACUUAACCGCUGGUGAGCGCACAUGAUAAGGAUUUCAGCAUUGUUUGUUUUAAGGUUCGUCAUCACUUGUUGCACAAGCUAACACCAUUAUAACGUCAGGAGACAUAUUAUCGCCAAAUGACAUAAGUUAUUCCCAAUGAAAUUUUGGCGAUAAUAUGUACAAUGACUGGCGAUAAUAUGUCGACUGAUGUUACAGUUUGCUCAUUCUACCAGUAUAUCUAGACUACACGUAACGUCAUGAGUGAAUUUUUUUGUUUAUAUUUGUACCCACUGAAUUACACAUGUUGAAGGACACAAGUUUCACCUCCAUUAAUUUCAAUUGCAGAACUAUUCCAUGUCCAUUUUGUUUCUUAGUCGCUUAAGAUGUGAAGUUGUAGCGGUUGCAAAUAUAUUUGAGGUCACAGUAUUGGUCAGGUUGUUUUUGCAGAGUACUGUGCUGUCUUGGCAGAGCUGGUGUGAUCGAUAUGACAAUUCUUGGGCAUUUUUAUUUCUCUGAUUGCUCUGUUGUAAACCAGUGUCUUGAAAUGUCUUCUCUUAACCCAUGACAAGCCAAAUACAUCGAAAUUUGUUGGUGAACAACCAAAAAACGGUCACCAGCCAUCUAGGUCAUUUUGAUCCGUUUGUCGUGCCAACCCUUCUGGGACCUUACAGUUCAUGACUCGUACAUGUCUCGGUGACUAUCAGCUGCUUUGUCAAUGUAUACUCUGUAAAUAAAAUUUUCUACUCAACACA